UCUUUUUCCAUCCAGAUGUUCAGCCAAUGGGAAGCGGCGCUGAGUCCAGCGAAGAAAGGAGGUGGGGAGGAGGAAUGCAGCAGGAUGCUCAUUAUUAUGGCUGUCAAACCCCAGUGACGACGGGAUAAAAAAAAAAAAAAAAACACGUUUGUUUUGACCGAGGUUGACUUGGAGGAUUUACACCAUGUCCGCCGCAGCCGUCGCGGUGUGGCUCGGAACGGUAGUUUACAUUGUGCAUACCCAAGAAGCCACACUCAGGGAUUUUCAUGAGGGAAAUAUCCAUUCGGAGCAGGCCAUGGCUUUGCUGCAAAGAAGAACCUUGUUCAAAGACGUCGUCACCAUCUUGUCAAGAUCCCACGCAGACCGUAAUGUUUACCCAUCAGCUGGAGUGCUGUUUGUCCAUGUUCUGGAGCGAGAGCAUUUCAAAGGAGAGUUUCCUCCUUAUCCCAAAUCAGGCCUCUCCCCAGGUGAUGCCAGCAAUGAUCCGAUCACCUUCAACACCAAUCUGAAGGGCUACCCCGACAGACCAGGCUGGUUGCGCUACAUCCAGAGGACUCCUCAUGGUGAUGGCGUGCUCUAUGGUUCUCCCACUGCAGAAUAUGUUGGCAAGCCCACUGUGAUAGAGAUUACCGCCUAUAACAGACGCACAUUUGAGACGGCACGGCACAACUUGGUCAUUAACAUCAUGGCAACAGAAGAGUUCCCACUGCCUUACCAGGCUGAGUUUUAUAUCAAAAACAUGAACGUGGAGGAGAUGCUGGCUAGCGAGGUGCUGGGAGACUUUCUGGGCGCGGUGAAGAACGUGUGGCAGCCUGAGCGGCUCAAUGCGAUCAACAUUACCUCAGCGCUGGACCGUGGGGGUCGUGUCCCCCUGCCUAUCAACAACCUCAAAGAAGGUGUGUAUGUGAUGGUUGGUGCUGACGUUCCCUUCUCGUCAUGCCUGCGGGAGGUGGAGAACCCACAUAACCAGCUGCGCUGCAGUCAGGAGAUGGAGCCUGUCAUCAGCUGUGACAAGAAAUUCAGAGCUCAGUUUGACAUCGACUGGUGUAAGAUCUCCCUGGUUGAUAUCAACAAGUUGGUCCCCGUGUACGUUGCCCGCCCCGAUCCAGGUACCGGAAUACUCCCUGAAUUUGGGGAGUACAAUCCUCCGUCAGAGUUUCUGAAGAGCCGGGACUACUUUUCCGACUUCCUCGUGACGCUGGCUGUUCCCUCUGCUGUGGCAGUUGUCCUCUUCUUCAUCCUCGGCUACACUAUGUGCUGCAGACGGGAAGGGGUGGAAAAAAGAAACAUGCAAACACCAGACAUCCAGCUGGUUCAUCACAGCGCCAUCCAGAAGUCUACCAAGGAGCUACGGGGCAUGUCCAAGAACCGCGAGAUCUCCUGGCCUCUCUCCACCCUGCCCGUCUUCAACCCAGUCAGCGGAGAGGUGGUGCCACCCAUACACCCCGACAACUACGAGACCACCAGCAUGCCUCUCAUGCAGACACAGGCGAAUCUGCAGAAUCAGAUCACAAUACCACAGCAGAGGCCAUCAGGAGAUAAUUAUGUCAUGUCAACAUUUCGAAGACUGGAGGUAAAUGGUAUCCCUGAGGAAAGGAAGGUGGCAGAAGCACUUAACCUAUGACCAGAAGCAGCAGUGAAGGAACUGCCUUCCUCCCGUCUCUCUCUUGUGUUUUCUAACAUUUGUGCCAAAUUAGGGAAGCAUAUCAUGUGAUUGCCAUUUUAAUGUUGAAUACUGCAGUGAUGUCAGUGGUGAUAAAUCCACAUUUUCUCCACUCACUACGAUGCUUCCAGGUCUGUGUAACCUUUGUGUCCUGUGUUGGGUGUCGACAUCGACUGCAGCCAAACUGGCUCCAAAAGGAGGAAGAUAUUACUGGCAUGCAAACUAAUUCAUGACACAUGGGAUCUAACCGCACUUAAAACACUCCAUUGUGAUAAUAUUGCAAAGAGCAAUAUCACAGUAUUUAUUAAUAUAUUUUGCAUCGUUGGAGCCAAUCUGCAUGUCCCAAAUGGAAGGUUUUACUCAUCCAUAUGUACUUAAAGGCUACUUAAGAGUAUGUACAGUAAGAAUGGCGUCUAAAUGAUAAAAAAAAAAAAAGAGUUGGGUACAUGUUGCUAUUCAUGUUUGCACAAUGGACAAAGGGAGUCUGUAAUGUGUCAAAUUUAUGUAAUAUUUGAGUUGGUAAUAAAUUCUUUACAAGAUGUUUUGACCGAUAAACAAGACACUUAUCAAAGAAAAAACCCAAAACAUUUUUUUAAUCAAGAUGGCUUUUUUUAAAACAAUGUACAACAGAAUAAAGGCAUUUAUAAAUAUGAA